ACGGUCCACACGCAUCGUUCUUAUUCGUUCGCGCGAAACUAAAACAAAAAAAUUUGCUACGCCCCUCCAGAAUGGUGACACAAGGAAAAUGCGUGUUCUCAGGCCGAGACGUUCUAAAGGCAAAAGGCACAUACAAAGUACAGCAUGAUGGUCGUGCACAGCUCACCGGCACAGGAAAAGCGCGCUCGUACCUUACGCGUAACGUAAAGCCGCAGAAGGUGCUGUGGACUCUCGGUGCACGGUUCUUCCACAAGAAAGGCGGUGCUGUGCAUAAGAAGGAAAGAGAGAGGAUUGUACCGCCCAAGAUUGUGCGUGGUUUCCCGUGUUUGCCUAAGAAGGCGGUUGAGGAGGUAAAGAAAGGUGUGGUGGGCAAGAAAGAAAAAGUUGAGAGCGUGUUCCAAAAGCGAGGCAAGGUCACCAAGAAUAUGAAUGUCGGGGUGAAGAGAUGAACGGAGGAUCAUUAAAAAUAUUUAGCCGA